AUGACAACGCCAGAUCGUGUCGUUCCGAUGCGCGUCAUCGUCUGCGGCGUGCAACGAACAGGAACAUUGAGUGUGAGACUGGCUCUCAAACAGCUGGGCUUCAACGACUGCUAUCACAUGCACAACCUCCUUGAGAACCCUGAGCAGGAAUGCCCGCAAUGGGUCCGUCUCAUCGAGGCCCGGUAUGACGGGAAAGGCACCGUCACCAGGGCCGACUUUGACAAGGUGCUGGGCAACUCGCAAGCCUGCGUCGAUGUUCCCGCGGCGCUCUUCGGCGUCGAGCUCGCGGCGCUGUAUCCAGAAGCCAAAGUCAUCAUCCUGAACCGCGAUCCGGAAUCGUGGUACUACAGCACCCUGGAGUCUGUCAUUACGGCGGCGCAACCGGCGUCGCCUUGGGUCAAGCUGCAGAUGCUCUUCUGCUUCGUCUUUGACCCGGCGUCACGCGCGUUUGCCCGCUUCGGCAUGGCCAUGUCCGGGCUCGCCUUUCGGUACAAUCACCGGAAUGAAAAGGACAAGGCCAUUGCCUGGUACACGGGCGUGUACAAGCGCUUCCGCGAUGAGAUUCCCGAGGCGCGCCGCUUCGAGUACAAGGUACAGGAUGGCUGGGGCCCGCUGUGCGAGUAUCUCGAGGUUCCCGUACCGAUGGUUAAGGAUGAACGGACGGGAGAAGUGGAGGCGCCGUUUCCCCAUGCCAACGACCGCGAGACGUUCCAGAAGAACACGCUGAAGAGCAGGGCUCGGGCAUUGCGGCGGGCACGGGAUAACAUGCUCGUGGGAGCUGGUAAGAUGGCGGUUAUCGCGGCUGUGGGCUAUGUUGGAUAUGCUGUGUGGACGACGCGCCUUGGAGGGAGGAUAUGA